AUGGCCUCGGCAACAUUAGACAUGAUGCGGAACAACCCGUUGACAGCCAGUGUGGCUGAUCUCUACUCUUCAUUCCACGAGCGACGCGCAAAGCUGGGGCUGACGAACCCGGGCACGGUCGAGAAUCUGGCAAAGGAGGUGCAGCGCGAUGUCUUCACAAACAACUAUGCCUUCAGCGGCCUGCGAGGAGAUUUCACAAGGGCUUUCAACUUGAACCCUCUUUUCCAAGUGUCACAUAACUUUGCCGUUGGCGAGCGCAUGCCCCCUUAUACUUUUGCUGCCAUGUAUGGCUCUAGCAAGGUCUUUAUGCAGGGCAGCGUCGACAACGACAUGCAGGUCAACGCGCGCUUCAACUGGCGGUGGUCAGAUGCCCUCGUUAGCAAGACGCAAUUUUCGCUUGGCACCGGAAGCCAGGACAUGGCUCAUCUCGAGAGCGAGUAUACCGGCAGCGACUUCACCACCUCGAUCAAGGCUUUGAACCCUUCAUUCUUGGAGGGUGGACUCACCGGAAUCUUCAUGGGCAGCUACAUGCAGUCGGUCACCAAGAAGCUUGCGCUCGGAAUGGAGGGUGUCUGGCAGCGCGCCGCUCUCUCACAGCCCCCAGACACCGUUAUGUCCUACGUUGCCAAAUACAAGUCCGACGACUGGAUUGCCACGGGCCAGCUGGCCGGCGCUGGUGCUCUCAGCACGACGUUUUGGAGGAAGAUUUCCGAGAAGGUCCAGGCCGGCAUCGAGAUGACUCUUUCUCUAGCUCCUGGCGACCCGGCCGGCGGUAUGAUGAUGGGUGGCCCUUCGAUUCAGGCGGAGGGUGUUACCACUGCCGCUGUCAAAUACGACUUCCGCAUGUCCACACUCCGCAUGCAGGUUGACACUAAGGGCAAGAUGACCUGCCUUGCUGAGAAGCGCAUUGCACCAGCAAUCAUGAUGACCAUCGCUGCCGAGGUCGACCACCCUACCGGCGCCGCAAAGCUUGGGCUGGGCGUCUCGCUCGAGUCUGGCGGCGAGGAGCUGCAGGAGCGCCAAGAGGCUUUGGGAGCUGCGGCACCGUCACCCAACAUUCCUUUCUAG